AUGAACGGGCUGGAUUGCGUACACCCGUCACCAUCACCCUCGCGCAGCCUUAGCCCUUUGCAAUUGCCGCCUUACCUUCCUUCUCCACCACGUAUGCAGUGGAUCUACCCACUCCUCCUAAACGCAACCAGCAGAGUCGUCUUUAUCCCAUUCGUUGGUUCGGUUGUUAGGUAUAGAGCGAGCUAUAAUCCGAAUUAUGCUACGUUGACUGGCCAUGGGAGUGGUAGUGGGAAUGUGGAAUCUGGUAUAAUAGCUAGACCUGGACGAACGAUUGGAGGGUUUGUGGAUGGGUUGAGGAGGACGUAUAGGGUUGAGGGUUGGGCAGGGCUCUAUAAAGGAUCCAUACCAAUCCUACUAGAAACACUCAUCAUCCGAGGUUCUCUAGCAUUCAUGAAAAUCCACCCCUCCGUUCCACUCGUAUUGAUCGCUGCACCCCAACUCGGAAUACCCGAAGCCAUCUUUUUCGUUCUGGUGUAUAGUAUAAUCAAAUUACCCAUGACGGUAUUCUUGAUUCGAUCAAUCACAACCCCCUACAAACUCCCCCUCCUCAGUGCCAGCCCCAUGCAAGCCUUCACCACCCUCCUCUCCCCAUCCGAACGCCGAAACCCCUACCUCCUCUACAACUCCCCAGGUCUCUUCAUCGCCAUAUCCCUCCAAACAGCCCUCCCACUAUUGUUCCUCCAUUUCGUAUUUGAUAUGACGACGAGCGUGUUUGAUAGGGAGUUGGAGGUGAUGGUGUUUGCGGUGGUGGUGGUGGUGUAUGUGAUGGCGUUUUUGGGGAGUACGGUGUUGAUGACGCCGUUGGAGGUGGUGGUGGUUCGGUUGGCGCAGCAGGAGAAUGGGGGUACGGGUGCGGGUGGUGGGGUGGAGGAGUUGGAGCCGUUGGAGGAAGAGGGUGGGGUGGAGAUGCGGGUUGAGGGUGAGGGUGGGCUUGAGGGGCAGGGGCGAGGACGGGGUGGUGUUAGGUAUUCAGAGAGUGAGGAUGUUAUAUCGUGAGUUGCCCUUUUUUCAUUUUGAGUUCCUUGAACCUUGAAUUGUGUGUUUUGUUUUCCAGGCUGAGAGAUGAAUAUAACCGGAAUCGAUAUACGGGAUUUGUGAAUUGCUUCCAAACGAUAUUGGCGGAAGAGGGAUGGUCGGUGAUGUUUCGAGCUUGGUGGUUCCCGUUAGCUGGACAAAUGUCUACGCUUGUGUUUUAUAAGGUUUUUCAGGGGAGUUAGGGUUUGUACUUGUGUAUGUAUAGCGUUUAGCUUUCGAAUUGCUGUCCCAAUAUAUAUGCCGAGAUCCUCAUCAUGAC